AUGACCAAAAAGUGGGCAAAACACCGGCAGCGCAUCAUCAGCCUCUACCUGGACGACAACAAACCUCUACACGAGGUCCAGUCCAUCAUGAGAGAGCAGCAGAACUUUACGGCAUCAACAAGAGCAUACCGUCACCGCUUUAUGAAAUGGGGCCUGUCCAAAUACAGCCCGCAGCGGCGGCGAACGUCCAUCAGCUCUACGGGCUCGUCGUACGACGCGCCGGAGCCAACAAAGACGGCUGCUCCGCUCUGGCCCAACGCAUCCUACGCCCAGGCGGAGCCGGCGUCUCCGGUGUUUUCGUCUCCCGAGAUGAAUAGUUAUGCGCAGGUCUACUCGCCCGCAAAUACCGACACCAACCUCGAGAGCACAACCAACCCAUCCUCCCCAGGCCAACUCGGCACGUACGGCGACCACCCGACGCUUGUAGCCAGCUACCCGCCCUCCCCUCCACGGCAGACGUGGGCCCCGUCCCCGGCGCUCACCUGCCAGCAGCAGGGCGUAGACGGCGUCAGCUGCGUCCUGCCUCCCAUCCGAGCCGUGCAGUGGGGUGAGUGCUGCUGCUGCUGCUUCCCUAGCUGCGUGUUGCCGUCAGCGACGGCCGCCGCGCUGCCGGGCUUUUGGGAGGUCGGCGGGUCGUUACUGUGUGGGCUGGAGGAGGAGGAGCAGUAUGUCGAUUUGUGCUAUCCGCGGGUGCAGGAUGGGUUUGUGGCUAGGUUGGCUCAGGAAUGA